GACAUCAUAGCCUGUCAUUAAGGACUAUAGCCUGUCAUGAGUGUGUCCAAAGUGGCUGCGCAGAAUGCGAACAGUCAGGGGGAACAGCAGACUGCCCGGGCGAGAGACGACAGGCUGGAUGAUGUUUAUCUGAUAGAGAUGACUGCAUUCCUCCAAUCUGAGAUAAGAGCGAGGGACUGAAAAGGACCCUCAUGGGAAUACUGGCCUUGUAUUUAUCGACCAAUCGGCUCAUCGGAGGGGUAAAAUACGAGAACAGGCUAUAGCGGAGGAGCGCGCAUCGCGCAGGGUUGCGCACAGAGAAGACGUAGCUGCGACACUGGGAGGCGAAGACGCGACUAUACGGCCGAGAAGAUGCAGUGAGGAGCCCCAAUUUCCCAGCUAAUUUCCAGCCGGGCGUCAGGGCAGCUUUAAUCAAAUAACGUCGAAAAUGAGCGUAAUGAAGGCUGGGCACGACGGCAGGGUGGACGGCGGCAGAGGCAGCCACACCGACAGCGGCGGCGGCUCCCCGAGGCUCCAGCAGUGCGCUCAGCCUCCCAACAGCAGCAGCAGCAGCAGCCGGACCAAAGAUGCCAGAUACCAGCAGCAGCUCCAGCAGCAGCAGCGGCAUCAUGGUGGGUCGAUGCUGAAGCAACCGUCUCACAACGAGCCGGCCGACGUCGUCAGACGGGCGCUGGACUUCAAGUGCCAAGGCACCCAGUGCUACAAGGAUAAGAAGUACCGAGAGGCGAUUGGCAAGUAUCACCGCGCUCUGCUGGAGAUUAAGGGGCUGUGCAGGGUGCUGGGGGAUCCGGACCCCGGAUCCAAGCCCCCGGCCUCCCUCCUGCCGACCAUCAGCAAGUCCACCACGCUGACAGAUGAGCAGAAGGGGGCCAUGGAGAAUGCAGAGCUGGAGUGUUACAACAGCUUGGCCGCCUGUCUGUUGCAAAUGGAGCUGGUGAACUAUGAGCGAGUGAAGGAAUACUGUCUGAAAGUGCUGCACAAGGAAGGAAAGAACUUCAAGGCUCUGUACCGGUCCGGCGUGGCCUAUUACCACCUAGGAGACUUCCAGAAGGCCCUGUACUACCUGAAGGAGUCACACAAACAGGAACCGUCAGACACCAAUGUCAUCCGCUACAUCCAGCUGACAGAGAUGAAGAUUCGCCGGAAUGCCCAAAGGGACAAGAAAGAGGCGACAUAAGCACUCGCAGUCUGAUGAGUCCUCACCUGUCGUAAAUUAAAGCCCGACCGUGUGCCACCCAGACCUUACACACCACGAGUUAGAGGUCCUGGUGCGACUCAGUAUUUGUUUGCUUUUGCCUUGCACAGCAUCUGGUGGCCAGUUAUGUGAUUGAACUUUAUCAUUGUGUGCUUGAAGCAUUUUUUUUUUUUCAAAGAAUUGUACCUGAAUACUGAAUUUCUGUCUCCAAAUUUAUCUGGUAUGAAUCCCGAGUAUUUUUUAACCUUUACAAAACUGAUGCACUGCCAGUCCAAACAUUGCACAUACAGGCCAACACUUGUGAUAGAGACAGGAGCAACAAGGUCCUCGGAGUGAAUCCAGCAUGUCUGCAGGCGAGCGUAACUGUAAUUUAGCAAGUGCCCUCGCACAAGAUGUCUUUUUCGAAAUGCCAUGGAGUAAAUGAGUAACAACCACCUACACUUCCGUCACCAUACUUUGUUUCUGAAGUACAACGAAAAAUCAAGUUUUUUUUAUUCUCUCGAUUAUAUUUGAUGGUGCUUUUUAGUGAGUAGGUUUUUUUAAAGUGUGUAGGCAGGGACAUCAAGAGCACAUGGUUGCUAAUUGCAUUACGAACUAAAGAGACAUAUCACAAAAUGUAAAUAGGCUACGUUUAUAAAAUCGUUAAAAAAAAAAAAACUAUAAUGGAGAAACAAGCUAUUUGUGUUUAUUAAUGCCAAAACAAAGCACUUCACUCAUAGCAUUUUCUGUAUCGACAAAUACUGUAUGUUUACUGUAAAGGUAUGUGUGUAAUAAAAGUGUCUAUUGAUUGAA